CAUCGGCCCCACGUGUGAACUUCGGACGGCGCUAGUCAACCACAACGCCAUCGCUGCUCCGGGAAAGAGCUUCUUGUUGGACUGACUUUCAACACAUACAAUCAUCACACACAAAAAUGGCCUCCCUUGCCCGCCGUCCUCCUCUCCUCGUCCCAGCUGUGGCCCGGCACACGGCCACCGUCAUCUUCAUCCACGGCCUUGGCGACACUGGCCAUGGCUGGGCUUCGGCCGUUGAGCAAUGGCGUCGCCGCCAGCGCCUUGAUGAGGUCAAGUUCAUCUUGCCUCAUGCGCCUUCGAUUCCCAUCACUGCCAACUGGGGCAUGAAGAUGCCUGGUUGGUAUGACAUUUUCGCCAUUGAUGGCAGCGCAGAAGCCCUCCGCCGCAACGAGGAUGAGGCUGGCAUCCUAACCAGCCAAGCUUACUUUCACGAUCUGAUCCAGAAGGAGAUCGACUCAGGCAUCCCGGCCGACCGCAUCGUCAUCGGCGGCUUCAGCCAGGGCGGCGCCAUGGGCCUGUUCAGCGGCCUCACUGCCAAAUGCAAGCUGGCCGGCAUUAUCGCCUUGUCCUCGUAUCUCCUCCUCAGCCUCAAGUUCGCCGAGCUCGUGCCCAAGCCCGAGUUCAACAAGGAGACGCCCAUCUUCAUGGCCCAUGGCGAUGCGGAUCCGGUUGUCAACUAUAAGUUGGGCACGAUGACCCGUGACUUGCUCAAGGAGAUGGGGUACAAAGUCAAGUUCACGACGUAUCCGGGUAUGGGUCACUCUGCUUGCCUAGAGGAGUUGGAUGCGAUCGAGGAUUUCUUGACCGAGAGACUGCCCAAGGUGGCUGAUAAGUCGGAGCAGAAGUCCGAGCUAUAGGUCCAGUCUUUUAUGGUGAAUAUGCUAGCGUUACUUGCUUCAAAUACAGCCUUGCUUGUUCUUUUGUCGGAUAUCCUCAUAUAUAGGUAUAUACUCUGAUACAGCCUGGGUACAUGGAGGUAUUUUGGAU